CUUCCUCUGCCUUGCAUCGAGAAAUCCUGCAACUAACCGCCUUCAUCCCCUCUUCCCGUCUCAUCUUCUUGCAUUUCGCGCCUGUCGCCGAGAGCAUCGCCUCCAUCAUUUAUCGUCGUUGCAUUCUUCCCCCCACAGCAAAAUGUCUGCCGUUCCUGGUCCCGUCUACGGGCUCGAGGUCCCGCCUGGCGAGAUCUUGAUCCCCGCCUCCAUGGAGUUCCCUGCGUCGUUCCGCAUUACCAUGGCUGCCCUGGACCCUACUGAGGAGCCUGAGGCCGAUGAUGAGGGCAACGUCCCCAACGUCCCUCGCUCCACUCUGCGUCUGGUCAAGCGUGCCUUCCCCGGCCUUGACGAGGACGAGGACGAUGAGAUCGACGACGAGUACAUGCGUGCCCUGCUUGCCGGCUCGGAUGACGAGGACGAUGAGGACAACGAGGAUGAGCCCAACGGUGGCCCCAGCGACCCUGCCAAGGCCAAGAAGCAGAAGCAGGCUGCGGCCAUCAAGAAGCUCCUCGAGGCCGCUGCCCAGGAGGAAGAGGACGAGGACGAGGAUGAGGACAUGGAGGACGCCAAGCCCAACGGCGUCAAGAGCAAGGGCAAGGGCAAGGCUCCUGCCGAGGAGGAGGACGACGACGAUGAAGACGAGGACGACGAGGAGGACUCCGACGACGACAGCGAGGGCGGCGACCUGGAGAACUUUGUCGUCUGCACUCUCGACACCGAGAAGAACUACCAGCAGCCCCUUGACAUCACUGUCAACCAUGGCGAGAAGGUCUUCUUUGUCGUCACUGGUACCCACACCGUCUAUCUCACGGGCAACUACGUCAUGGACGAUGACGAGUACGACAGCGACAGCGACGAGGACGACUACGACUUUGACCCCGAGGAGCUCGAGUACGCCAUGGACGAGGACGCCAGUGACGACGAGUCGGACGAGCUCGACGGCCUCGAGGACCCCCGCAUCACCGAGGUCGACUCGGAGGACGAGGUGCCUAAGCUGGUCGAGGCCAAGAAGGGCAAGAACAAGCGCACCGCCGAGGAGGCUGAGAGCCUUGACGACCUGAUCGCCAAGGACGACUCCAAGCUCUCCAAGAAGCAGCAGAAGAAGCUCAAGAACAACAAGGGUGAGGCCGUUGCCGCCGAGGAGAGCAAGAAGGACAAGAAGGUCCAGUUCGCCAAGAACCUCGAGCAGGGCCCUACUGGCUCCACCGAGAAGGCCAAGCAGGCUGGCAAGGCCACCGUCGGCGUCAAGGUCGUCCAGGGCGUUACCAUUGAUGACCGCACCAUUGGCAACGGUCGCACCGUCAAGAACGGCGACACUGUCGGAGUUCGUUACAUUGGCAAGCUGGCCAACGGUCAGCAGUUUGAUGCCAACAAAAAGGGCAAGCCUUUCUCCUUCAAGGUCGGCAAGGGCCAGGUCAUCAAGGGCUGGGACAUUGGCGUCGUCGGCAUGGCCAUCGGUGGCGAGCGUCGCCUGACCAUUCCUGCGAACCUGGGCUAUGGCUCUCGUGGCAUGCCCGGCAUCCCGGCCAACAGCCAGCUGACAUUUGACGUCAAGCUGCUGGAGAUCAAGUAAGCUCUCCGGCUCGGAGCUGUGGUUUCUGCAUUUUCCCUUUGUCAAAUACGAUGGUGUACAAACAAAUACCCCGUCUCUCCGCGCCUCUCCAUCGGCGCGGAGCGCUGGGUUGCGGCGUUGGUUCAGACUCUGGAACUCAUUUUUCACACGCGGAGGCAUGCGAUGCUGGGCGGUCUUUGGCCGGUAGCCUCUGUGCAGCUUUUGGCUUUUGCGUCUCGAGGAGGUGAAGACGCCGCCUGGCUAUCGCGGGGAUGACGAGAUGCGAGCCUGCUUUGCAUGAGGCUGGUGUUUUAUAGAUCUUGUCUCGCUUGAAGAUGCCUCUCCCUCAGGAGCCAAUCACUAGUGGUAGAUCUGCUUGGCGUCUCCUCUACAAAAGUUGUUUAUACCACCUGGACUCGUUGC